GUCAAGGCAAACGACCUACACAACAUUAGCCAGUGAAUACAUCUGCAGCAAACUCAGUCGAGGGCAUCAGCAGCACUCAUCAAACUGACUCCUACAUAAAAAUUACUUAACUGCCUUGCUGUCAACAUGUCCAAAAACUGGGACCUGGAAGAUGAGCACGGCUCUAGAUUUAUGAGGAAGGCAAGGGAGUCACCUUUCGUACCUGUGGGAAUGGCUGGCUGUGUUGGAAUUGUGGCAUAUGGACUUUAUAAGCUGAGGUCGCGUGGGGAUACCAAAAUGUCUGUCCACCUCAUUCACAUGCGCGUGGGAGCACAGGGAUUUAUCGUUGGAGCAAUGACUUUGGGUGUGAUCUAUUCCAUGUACAACGAAUACCUGGCUCCUAAAGACAGCAAGUGAGCCAGCCAGUCACAGUUCAGCAUUGGUGUCAGGUGACCCCACAGCUUUCUGUUCGGCUGCUCUUCCCUUCGGUGUACUGUUCCUCUUAAAGAAUGAAUGUAAUGGAUGUGAGUGACUUUUGAAGAUUUAAAAAAUGCACAGAAUAAUGACUCUUGGUGACACCAAGGUCAAAAUAUUAGCACAGACCCUCCCACAGAGGGUUCAGAAUGAUAUAAGUGUCAAAAUAAUGGAAGAAUUAGAGUACAGUGCGUCACCUACUGGAGUGCUUAGUUUCACAAAGAGGUUUGAUAAUCAAAUAACUUAAGGUGGACUGUUCAGCAUUUGCAGCCAUAUGGUCAAUGAUCAAGCAGAUUUGUGGGGACAACCGACCACACACAGGGUGCUGCUCCAUCCAUUCCAUUCACUCUACUUCAAAGUCUACACAUUUCCGUCACUUUGACCAUGACAGACUGUUGUCAUGGUGUACUAUACUCAAUAUUCAGUCAAACCACUGUUAACCUCACCUGCUCUGUGUUGUGUAAAACCUUAGUAAAAUACUUGUGUGCUUGAAACCGAAUGCAACAUGUAAGCUAAUUGAAUAGGACAAUUUUUUUCUUUUGAAGUGCAAGACCAAGGAUUAGGAUUCACAAUGUUUACAACUUUAGUAGCAUUUUAUAUGGAGAGUUAUGUGGCAGAUAAAUUCUGUGUAUGUCAUGUAUGACUGACAGUAAACAAAAUUGUGGUUGAACAAGGUCAGAGAAAGACUAUGAAACACACAAGAGGUUAAGGCCUCCACAUCAAAGCAUGUACGUAAAUACAUUUUCAUAUCCAUAUCAAGACACAAACGAUCUACCAAUAAUUCAGGAUUCAGAUACCUCAAGCCACAUUCACCGCAAAACCCAAACCAGCAUUGUCACCGAAAUCUGACACCUGAAGUAAUUUGAUGUCUCACCACAGACAUCCUCAUCUGACCUCAUAUUGAGGUGGUUUUACAAGUUUUGCUCUUGUUUUAUUUUUUUAGUAUUAUGUUAAAGGCACAGACUGAACCUAACCUAACCCUUUUUUUAUUUAGGAAAAACUAAUUUUGUCUGAUGACGAUGCAACUAUUCAUUCCGUGUCAGUGCCCACUGGUGCUUUAUGCCAACACUUGGCUAGGUACAUGGCACAUGCACACACACACACCAUACAAACAAGCAUGGCCGAAAUAAAGCCAUAAUUGACCGAGCCAACCAACCGUGUUCAAGGGUAGGGUGAAUUGAGUUGUUAAUUGACAGGCUGAACAUAAAACCAUUCAUGGAACAAAAUGAUACUGAAUACUCAUACAAUGUGUAAGACUGCAAUAAAUUAUUUUGUAGAAA